AGAUAUACGUUUGGACCGGGGUUAAAAGAAUCAUCCCCUCUCUAAAACCAUCGUGGAAAAUCGCGCUCGUUCCCGGGAAGUAGCCGGCGUGUCGGUGCGCGCGAAGCGUGUCGCGAGCGAGCGCUGUAACGCGACGGAAUUAACGCGAGAGCUAACAGGAGCACCACUACCUCGUGCAUCAGUAGAUCGCUCUUCGGAGAGGAGAGACACGCGGGAGCCGGAAGGGCAGCACCAGCAACAGCAGCAGCGGUAUCCAGCGACAGCAGCGGCAACCGGAAGGGCAGCAAAAGAGAGAGAGAAAGAGAGAGAGAGAGAGGAGGAGGAGGAGGAGGAAGAAGAGGAAACGUACGGGCAGUAAAUACGAGAGAAAGGUCUCUCGGCCGCGACCUUUGACCCACCGCGACCUACCACGAGCUCACCACGAGCCCUUGACGUUUGAGCCCGGGCCGAGGAUAGUUCGUCAGGAUUCAUCAUUAGGAUCUUCGAUCUGACAGCCGGACUGGGGGAGGUGCAGUGCGACUGGAAAAUUGCAACAGGAGAGGACGGACGGAAUCGCCCCCCCGUGAUUCGAGAAGGACUCUCGUCACCGACGAUUCUCCGUCCACACCCGCGUCUCUCUCUCUCUUUCUCUUCCUCGCCGUUUCGUGCGUCGCGGAAGCGUGCGUUUUUACCUAAACUUGCUAACGGUCCUGCCUGAUCGUCGCGUGUGCGAGCUCCAGAAUUACGUGAAAGACACUCUGAUCCUCGCGUUUAAGGACAGUUCGAGUACCGAGCGAGAUCUCCGAUUUUCUUGCUCGAUCGCGUAGUCUUUCGCCUCUCUUUUUUUUUCUUUCCAUCCAUCUUCGACUCUCGCUCGUCAAGGGCGUCGUCUUUGUCGCCGUAGUCUCCUCGUUGCAGCGACAUGGGCGGAUGUACUUCGAAGGAUACCACGUCGGGCGACGAUAAAAAGAGUAACAACAUGGUGGACGCAGCGGUUCUGGACAAACUGGAGUCCGGCUUUGCGAAGUUGGCUGAGUCCGAUAGCAAAUCGUUGCUGAAGAAAUAUUUGACCAAAGAAGUCUUCGAUCAACUCAAGACCAGAAAGACCUCAUUUGGUUCUACUCUUUUGGACGUUAUUCAAUCUGGUUUGGAGAAUCAUGAUUCUGGCGUUGGUAUCUACGCGCCCGACGCCGAGGCAUACACCGUCUUCGCUGAGAUCUUCGAUCCCAUCAUCGACGACUAUCAUGGCGGCUUCAAGAAGUCCGACAAGCAUCCGCCCAAGGACUUCGGUGACGUCGACUACUUUGGCAAUCUCGAUCCCACCGGUGAAUAUAUUGUGUCGACUCGCGUGCGAUGCGGCCGCUCCUUAGAUGGAUAUCCGUUCAACCCGUGUCUGACGGAGGCGCAGUAUAAGGAGAUGGAAGAGAAGGUAUCCAGCACGCUGUCAGGCCUCGCCGGAGAACUGAAGGGUACUUUCUACCCGCUUACCGGCAUGAGCAAGGAAGUGCAGCAGAAGCUGAUCGACGAUCAUUUCCUCUUCAAGGAGGGCGAUCGUUUCCUUCAAGCAGCGAACGCAUGCCGUUUCUGGCCCACCGGACGUGGCAUCUUCCAUAAUGACGACAAGACUUUCCUGGUCUGGUGCAACGAAGAAGACCAUCUUCGCAUCAUCUCUAUGCAGAUGGGUGGUGAUCUUGGACAGGUAUACCGACGCUUAGUGACAGCGGUGAACGAGAUCGAGAAGCGGCUGCCAUUCUCGCACAACGAUCGCUUUGGCUUCCUGACGUUCUGCCCGACGAAUCUGGGUACGACGGUGCGUGCCUCGGUGCACAUCAAAGUGCCGAAACUCGCGGCAAACAUGGCCAAGCUCGAGGAGGUAGCAGCCAAGUACAAUCUACAGGUGCGCGGUACUCGUGGCGAGCACACCGAGGCCGAAGGCGGCAUCUACGACAUCUCUAAUAAGCGCCGUCUCGGUUUGACCGAGUACCAGGCUGUGAAGGAGAUGAAUGAUGGCAUCGCUGAGCUCAUCAAAAUCGAAGCCAGCCUCUAA